AUGAGGUAUGACUUGAUUAGUACUUUGAGAAAAAUAGUCUCGGGAGGUGAAGUGUUUGGCUCAAGACCAAGCUUGAGCAUAGAUAUCUGCAGUGAACGUCAAGUGCAGCUUAUACUGGAGACGUUACAGGAGUUUACUGAUCUUGUGCCAUUAUUGGUUCCAGCAAAGAAGGAACUACAACUCAUGGAAGAGGAACAUAAUAUGCAGGUUCGUGGGUUCAGGGAGGUUGUCGAUUUGAUUUCCACUUCUCAGAAGCCAGUUGUAGCCCAUAAUGCUAUCAAUGAAUUUGCAUUUAUCCAUUCAAAGUUCAUAGCUCCAUUGCCUUCAACAGUAGAUGAAUUUAGGAGUUCCUUGUGUUCAGUGUUUUCUCAUAUAGUUGAUGUCAACCAUCUUAUGAGGGAAAUUGGUCCUCUGAAUAAAGUAAACAACCUACCUGCAGCAAUUUUAUAUUUGAAAAGAAGGUUCACUAGGCCGCUACACAUGGAGAUUCCUCAACAUAUUGAUGGAGAUGAAGUCAGGGUUCAUGGGCGUGAUGUUCUAAGGAUAAGUGAGUUAUUUGCCAAGCUCUGUUUAAUAUUGAGAAUUGUUCCAGAAUCUCCGGAAGCUGAUUAUUCCACUUCCUCCUCCACCCUUGAAUGCUAUGCAAAUGUCUUCAAUCCUUGCUUCAUCAGUUCAUCAGAUCUUUUAGAUGAUGAUGUAAACAUUUCAACUGAAAAAACUAGAAGAAUUAGUGUUGCAAAUUUGGUGUUCUUGUGGGGAUUUAGAGGUAUGAUGUCUGCUCGCAAGCUGAAGAGCCUGCUUAAAGGUUCUCAUGAAGUGUUCUCUGGAGAAAUUGAUGUUCGACUAGCCGAUAGGAAUUGUGCAAUUGUUGUUUUCUGGGCUCCUGGCUUUGCUGAGAGAUUUUUGAAGGUAAUGAAUUCUGGUGGAACAAACUGCGAGCCUAUCAAGGACAUGAUCUCAGAAGGUCUGAGAGCUGCAUGCUAUAGAACUUAUAAAAGAGUCUGUGAACUCAGUAUAUGGGAACCUUCUUUGGCAGAUGCUCUAGAAAAAGCCUUGGAAGAAGCUUCAGAUCUUCCAGAAGCAAACUCAGAAGAAGAGCUACCAGCAAUCUGCUGGGACAAUGAUGAGUUGACCAACCUUGAUGACCUUUGAGAUGGCCCAUAUUACAAGACUCGUGGCUAUCUAAUUCUCAACUGUACUGGACCAGCAAGAUAGUUUCGUAAUUUGGCCUGAAACAUGAAUGUGGAUUAAACUUGAAGUUUCUAAAUCAGAUGAUUGCAUGAACUUCAAGGUAUAAUAAGUCUAAGCAGACCCCUAGGACAGCUUUUUC